AUGCAAUCUGUUUCUCUCAACCAUAUUUGUGGACCAGAUGCCGACUUGAGGUACGACUUGGUUACUCCACGGAACAUUUUUAAGCAACGCACACCGAAAGUUGACCGCGGCGAUCCACUCCAGAAGGCUGAAGAAAUUCGAAACUAUGUACACAACACCUUUGAGCUUUUUGAGAAGAUUUUUGACAGCCUUGCGUAUGAGGAAUCCUUCAAGGUCGAGCCGGUUCACAAGUUACGCCAUCCUCUUCUCUUCUACUAUGGCCAUACCGCCUGUUUCUACAUCAACAAGCUCUGUGUGUCUGGUUUGUCCGCCCAUAUCAACCCCCGAUUUGAGGAAAUGUUCGCCGUCGGGAUUGACGAGAUGAGCUGGGAUGAUUUGAACACCGCGCAUUACAACUGGCCGAGUGUGAUGGAAGUUCGCGACUACCGUCUGAAGGUGCGGGAUCACCUGGAUGAGUUAAUGCGAACUGGGCGCUUCCUCCUGAGAUUCCCGCUGACUUUUUCGAACAGCGUCGCGGAUGCCUCGAGGGCGUUUUGGUGGGUGAUGCUCAUGGGGGCCGAGCAUGAGCGGAUUCACAUCGAAACAGCAAGCGUGCACGUGCGGGAACUUCCCAUCGGCUUUAUUAAUCCAUCCGGCGGCUUAUGUUGGCGUCGAUGCUCCCACGGCGGAGGGGAGGCUCCCGCGAAUGAGUUGGUCCCGAUUGCCCACGGGCGCGUGCAGUUUGGUCGCCCGCCGUCCUCCGCGAUCUAUGGGUGGGAUCAGGACUAUUCCGAAGGCUCGAACUGGGUCGAAGUGGCUGCGUUUAAAGCCAGCAAAUAUCUCGUAUCCAACGCAGAGUUUUUUCAAUUUAUGCAGGCCGACGGCUACACCAUCCAACGAUAUUGGGAUGACGAAGGUUGGAAAUGGGUGCAAUGGAAGAAGCCGACCCACCCGUGGUUUUGGAUGCGCGAUUCGAAACGCCCGGACGGGUAUGCGCUUCGCCUGCAGACGGAAUUGAUCGAUUUACCCUGGGAUUGGCCCUGCGAGCUGAAUCAUUUGGAGGCCUCCGCGUUUUGUAAUUUCAUGAGCGAAAAGAUGGGCCGAAAAGUGCGCCUGCCGACGGAGGAAGAGUGGACCUUGCUUUACGAUCGUUAUAUUCAACGGGACCAGACGGAAUGGGGCAAGGUCUUGGCCCCCGGCAACCUCAACCUCGAGCAUUACCAAAGCAGCUGCCCUGUCAACCUCUUCCAACAUGGCGAUUUAUUUGAUGUGAUAGGCAAUGUUUGGCAGCACUGUGGGACACCCGUUUACCCACUCAAAGGGUACAAGGUCCAUCCUUUUUACGAUGAUUUUUCCCUUCCCACCUUUGACGGCCUUCAUGCGAGCAUGAAAGGCGGGACAUGGGUGACCACCGGCAAUGCGGCCACCCGGGAUGCCCGCUUUGCCUUUCGUCGACAUUUUUUUCAAUACAUCGGGGUACGCUACGUCGAGGGCGUUAAGGUCGAUUGGUCAAAGUAUCUUUACACGCCCCUUGGUUUGGAUCCGGAGGUGGAUAUCAUGACCGACGCGUGUUAUCGGGAUUCUUUCAUUGGAAUCCCGAACGGCUGCGUGCGGAUCGCCGAGUUCGCCCUUGAUUCUUUCCGAAAGUACGCCAAAGUUUCGCCCAUUCGUGCGAUGGACUUGGCCUGUGGUUCGGGCCGUGUGUCGUUUGAACUCACCCCAACUUUUUCGGAGGUGAUUGGGGUGGAUCGCAGUGCUCGUUGUCUCAUCCCCGCUUUUGCGAUUUCCGAAAGAGGCAAAUGCCUAUACAGCGUGUCGGACCCGAUUUCAGGCAAAAAGCAGGGGCUUGAGGUUGAGGGCGACGCCUAUCGAUGGGGCCCGACUCGUGGACGGGCCACUUUUUUUCAAGCCGAUUUUACCGAACUUCACACCCAUCUGGAUGAUUUUUCUCUUAUUGUUUGUUAUAACUGUCUGGAGGAAAGUUACCAUCCAUCGGCGAUCCCAAGCCAUCUUCUCAGUCGCUUGCAAAAGGGUGGAAUCCUAGUGAUUGGCGGAGAUUAUAAUUGGAGCCAUAUUAAGCAUUCUCUCUCCGGUGAGAAGGAAAAUGGUGAGGCCUCUAUUUCCGAUCCAUUGGUAAAUUACACAGGCAAUAAGCAAGAAAAAAUUUAUGAGCUUUUGGGUGGCUCCGCGGCUGUUGAUCGUGUGAGUGAGGCAAUCAGUAUCCCUGUUGUUUUUCCUAAAAAUGAUAGCAUGGCUGAAGUUCGGAUAUUCCACCUCAAUGUUUAUUUAAAGAAAUGA